AGUCGUCAUCUCGGUGGGGUGUCAUGUUUACGUGGAAAAUAAUAUGGCCGCCGACUGCCAACAAGGAGGCAACCCUUGAGAGAAUGCGAUCGGCGGCCAACUGGAAGCCGGCGCGGUCCCCACACACUACACCACCGGCGCAGAUACACGACCUGUGAGUCCUUCUCCGAUUUGUUUUAGCCACGGUGACCAUGGAAGACGCGGAACGCCAAAAGAAACUCGAGACCGGCAAAGCAAAGCUGGCCGAGUACCGUCAACGCAAAGCUCACGCGGAUUCCCAGAGGAAGAAGAAGAAAAAGAAGCCUGAAGACGACUCGCAGGGAAGCACGGAGCCCGAUCGCUCGACGGGCAGGGAGGACGACUCGGCCGCUGGCCGACAUGGAGCACGGGAAGCAAAUAACGAGGCAUCACCCGCCGCAGAGCUGAGCUUCUCCAAGACGCUACGCAGUGGGGAGACUGUCGUACACAAUCAAACGUACACGAUUGAGCCCGAGAGCGAAGUUUCAACGACGGCAGAAGAUUAUUCCUCUGAGCAGGUCAACGGCUGCCGUGAGAUGAUGGCCAAUCUAAUGACGUCUUCCGCCGAGGAUUUUAUUUGGGAAGAGGGAGUGCGAGAGGUGAUGAAGGCAGGCAGACUGGAGGAUGUCGAGGAGGCGCUUGCAGCCAAGACGCGAGCAGUGGAGGAGCUGAGUCAGGAGCUUGAGGAUAUACGGGCUGCGUUUGGAACGGAAGGUGUACAGAAGCUGCAGGACUUUGAGGCCGCGUUGAAACAGAGGGACGGCAUCAUCACUCAACUCACCGCAAACCUCCAGCAAGCGCGUGAGGAGAAAGAUGAGAUCAUGAAGGAGUUCCUGGCGCUGACGGAGCAGAGCCAAAAACUGCAGCUUCAGUUCCAGCAGCUCCAGGCCGGCGAGACCCUGCGGAACACCAGCCAUAGCAGCACGGCCGCGGACCUUCUUCAGGCCAGGCAGCAGCUGGCGCAAUACCAGCUGCAACUGGAGGAGGCCAACGUCCAAGCGAGAAAGAACCAGGAGAAGAGCGAUGGGCAGAUGGACCUUAUCAAUCAGCUCCAGUUCCAAAUCAGCGACAUGGAGUUGUCUGGGAGAAGAUCAGAGGAGUCAUUCACACAAAGGCUAAACGAGAAGGAUGUGCUCAUAGCCGAGAAAGAAAAGGUCAUCGUGACUCAAGAUCAGUCUCUUGCUGAACUGAGAGCAGCAGAAGAGACUCUCGCCACCACACUGAAGGAGAAAAAUCUGCUGCUGUCUGAGCAGACGGCGUCUUUGAACCUCUUCCGAGAGGAAAUUGCCAUUUUGGGACAGUCGGCGAAUGACAUUCAGGCAUCCGACGAGAAGGACCUGAUCAUAGCGGAGCAAGAGCGAGUCAUUUCCGAGCGAGAUUGUUCCCUCGGCCGGCUGGAGGAGGAGCUGGAGUCGUCACGGCAAAGCCUGCGCGGCCUCCAGCAGCGAGUGGCCGCGAAGGAAACUGAGCUAGAAAAAUGCCAGGGCGACCUGCAGAACACCAAGCGUGCUUUAGAAAGCGGUAAAGGCGAAAUGGAGAAUUGUAAAUCACACCUUGAGAAAGCGCGAGGUGACCUACAAAGCUGUCAAAGUGAGCUGGCCAACUCCCGGCAGAGGGAGAGAACGUCCUCGGAUGAGAUUAAGCAGCUCAUGGCAACGGUGGAGGAUCUGCAGAGGCGUUGUCACCGGGACAGCUUAUCAGAGGGUGACGCCGUCCAAAGAAUGCAGGAGGAUAACGCCCGGAAGCUGGACCUUCUCAGGGCCGAACUGGACGAGAUGUACGGUCAACAGAUUGUCGCUAUGAAGCAGGAGCUCAACCUGCAGAACGCGGCACGUAUGGAGCAAGUCUUGGCGCAGCACCAAGCGGAGACGGAGCGACAUAAAGCUGAAGUGGAGCGGCAUCGUGCCGAGGUAGAACUUCUAAAAGAACAAAACUCCACCAUGAAGAAAACACUUAGUGUUAAGAUUCAGGAGCUUCAAGCAACGUUGGCAGAAUCCACAAAUGAAUUCAACCGAGAAAAGGCCAACCUCCAGGCUGAGCUCACGAGCCUCCGCGGCAAUCUCCGUUCAGCGAGGGAGAAAGCCGAGCUGGUGUCCAAUAGUCUGGUCUCUCAGGAGAGCCAACAAGACGAGAUGCGGCGCCUGUUGGAGACCGUCGGCGACCUACGUAGCCGCUUGGCCGCCGCUGGGGAGGCGGCGUUGGAGGCUGAGGCCCAGCACGAGUCGGAGACGACCAACUACAAGAUCAAGCUGGAGAUGCUGGAACGGGAGAAAGACGCCGUGCUGGGCCGCAUGGCUGAGUCGCAGGAGGCCGAGCUGGAGAGGCUUCGAACCCACUUGCUGUUCAGUCACGAGGAGGAACUCACACUCCUUCGGCAGGAGCUCCGUCGAGAGAGCUUCCUCAACGCCGAGAACCUCCUUAAUGAAGCUGCCAUCAAACACCAAAGCUCUCUGGAUGAUCUCCACCUCACCUACGAACACCAGCUACAUAUGUUGCAAAAUGAGAAAGCCGCCUUUUCCAACGAACGAGAAGAGCUCUUGCACCAAAUCCUCGGCCUAAAGGAAGAUCUCAAGAUGGCCUUGCACAGCUCCAAAGCUGACGAGCUUGUGCGGCAGCUGCAAGAGCUCCAAGUGGAGCUUGAAGAUCUGCGGAAGGGAGGAGAGCAGCGAGCCAAGCUGGAGAGCGAAAUGCAAACGUUGCUGGAGAAGACGGAGGUUCUUCAACGGAAAGAGCAAAGCUGGGAGAGCAAAUGCAAGGAGCAGCAGCUGGAAAAUGACGCCAAGACGGCAGAAAUGGAAACACUCGUCGCCCAGCUGAGGGAGGAGAUCGAAAAGCAACGCAGCACGUUUUCCUUUGCCGAAAAGAAUUUCGAAGUCAACUACCAGGAGCUGAAGGACGAGUAUUCCUGCCUUAUUGAAGCUAAGUCACGACUUGAGGAGAAGACACUGAAAGAAGCGCUCGAGUUCCAGGCCAAAAUUGCUGCACUGGAGGGCGAAAAUGUCAAAAGGUGUGCGGAGGCUGCGGGAGAAGACGUGGCCAAACUCACAGAGAAGCUCAACGUUACAGUGAACGAAAAAGAAACCCUCGCGGGUAGGCUUUCCCAAGUCACAGAGCAACUCGUGGUCUCAGAGAAUAAAAUCGGACAGUUGAAAAAAGAGCUGGAGGAGGUUCAAAUGACAAAAGGAGAUGACAAGAAUGAGAUUCGCUCCCUACGAGAAGAGGUCAAAGCUCUCCAGUCAGUACUGAAGGCUGCGGAAGCUGAGCCAGAUAGCGCCCGGCAGGCCGUGGAGCUCCACAGGCUCUCCCGGCCCUCUCCGUCCCACGUCCAGCACUCGGGGGAGCGACCCGCCGAAGAACGUGCCCCGGCGCAGAAGCUCGCCUCGGGCUCCAACCGGCGCAAGAGGCGUCAGAGGUUGAAGCAGGAGCGCCGAGCGGGCGGCGGCGGAGGCCCCUCAGAGGCUGCCAGGCAGAGGGAGGAGGAGGAGGAAGAGGAGGACGAGGAUGAGGAAGAAGCCAAAGCUACAAGUGCGGCAGAACGAGAGAUGCAGACGGAGAGCCAGGUCGGCGGCGAUGAGGCGGAUGGCUGCCAGGGAGACGCCACUCGCAAACAGGAUGAGCGCAAGCUGCAGUUGGAAGCGCGGCGCAUCAGCCUGACUCACAUCCAGGCUGCUCAGCUGGAGCUGUUGAAAGAGGAGGCGGACAAUCAGAAGCAUGAUGUUGACCAAGAUUCGGAUGAGGUCCAAAGGCUGGAGGCGGUGGAGAAACAUCGCCACCUAGAGGAGAAUCACCGCUUGGAGAUGGAGCGCCUCCAAGCUCAAUACCAGAGGAGCCUCGCCGAGACGGAGGAGCGCUUCAAUGCCGAGAUUGCCACGCUACGGUGGCAACUACAGGAGUUGACAGGCUCGCAAGCUCAGGAUAGUGGGCCACAGUCCAGCCAAGAGCGUGUCGCGGAGCACCAAGAGGAGCUGAAGGACCUCACCGAGGAGCAACUGUCCCGGUGGGCGUUGGACUCCCGCUCGGGCUUGAGCGUCAAGCUGCAGGCGCUCAGGAGGGCGCUGUACAACGAGUACGUCCAAGAAGUGGCAGCGCUGGAGAAGCAGCACCGCACCGAGCUGACUAGCUUGCGGCAACAACUGGAGAGCGAGAGGAAAGGAGAGCGACUGGAUAUUGACGACGGGGCCUUGGUCUGCUCUGAGACCGUCGGUGUUGCUGGGCAGGGCGAGCGGCAAGGGAAGCUGAGUGUGGAGGAGGAAGUCGCCAAGGCCAUCGUCCAGAUGUCGGUGGAGUGUGCGCAGCAGACGGAAAUGGCCCGGAUCAAUAAACUCACCUGUCAGGCCAGCACCGGCAUGCAGACCCAGUCGAACGGCGAGGAGAGCGCGGAGAAGAACGCGGCUGUGUCGAUGGGCGCGUGGCUGGAAGAAGAGAGGGAACGUCUGGAGAAGGAGCUGCGCGACAGGAACACUGAGAUCCGGAAGCUUCGGGAGAAGUUGCAGCGAGCUGAAUUGGGAGCCGAGGUGAAGCCGCUACAGACGAAAGAAGAUUGGGCAGAAAAAGUUGAGGAAGAGGAAGAUGAAGUUGACUCCAUCGACAAGGACAACGAAAGAGUGCGCCAGGCUAACGAGAGGCUCAGUCGCGUGUUGGCCGACGUGCUGAAGACCACGGCGGCGGCAGAAGAAACAAUGGGCCUCCACAUGCAAAGUCUGCAGGCGGACGCUUCAGCAGCGUCAUCCACACCGCACGUCACAGGUCAAUCUGCCAAGUCUGGCGACAGCCUCCAACUGGGGGAGGACGAGGAGCACCUGAUGGGCAUCGGCGCUCGCCUCCAGACGGCCUUGGAGAAGAUGCUGAUGGUUAUCACUGACACCACCAACCAGCUCGAACAUGCCCACAUCACCCAGACGGAGCUGUUGCGCGAGUCCUUCCGCCACAACCAGGAGAUCAGCGAGCUCCUGCAGAAGCAGGAGGAGCUGCAGGAGCGCCUCGCCGAGGAGGCCCGGGCACGGGAGCAACUGGCCCUCGAGCUUCACCGGGCCGAGGGUCUGAUUGACGGCUACACGGGCGAGCGGGCUGCCCUGGAGGAGCAGCUACGUCAGAAGGAGGAGCUCCACCUGAGCUUGGAGCAGGAGCUGCAGGUUACUGGCAGUCGACUGCAAGAGCUAGAGCAGGAGAGGCUUCAAAUGCAGGAGGAGCGUGAGCUGGUUUCCCGGCAACAAGACGCCAUGCGAGAAACCGCCAGCACCCGUGAGCUUUGCCUAGUUGAAGCUGCAAUGGUUGCAGCACCUGAAGCAGAUCUCCUGGAGGAGACGGAAAAGCUGAUGAAGGAGAAGGUGGAGGUGCAGCGCCAGGCGGAGAAGGAGAGCGCCGACCUGAUGAAGCAGGUGAAGACCCUGGAGGCCGAGCUGGAGGAGCAGGUCAACCGGGUGAUUGAGCUGGAGCACGGCCGGAACACCGAGACCAGAGACCUCCAGCAGCAGAUCCAGGCACUGGAGAAGCAGCUGGACAAGAACCGGCGCUUCCUUGAUGAGCAAGCAGUGGACCGGGAACACGAGCGUGACGUCUUCCAGAAUGAGAUCCAGCUUCUGGAGCAGCAGCUGAAGAACCAGCAGAGGUCUCCCGGCGGCUCGGAGCAAAGAAGCCAACAGGUGGAGCAGCUGACCUCCCAGUUAAAGGAGAAGGCGGACUGGUGCAGCGAGCUGCUGCUGGGCUCGGAGCAGCUGCAUCGCGAGCUGGCCGAGCGCGACCAGGAGAUUGACAAGCUGGAGAGCCGCGUCCGCGAGCUGGAGCAGGCCCUGCUGGCCAGCGCAGAGUCCCUGGAGAAGGACGAACAAAAGACGCAUCAUGCAUCCGUCACUGAGGCAAAGGACUCCACGCUGGAGGUUCAGUUGCAGACCGAAAGAGAAGCAUUGGAGCGGAAAGAGAAGGAGAUCUGUCACCUGGAGGAACAGCUGGAGCAAUUCCGGGAGGAGCUGGAGAACAAGAACGAGGAGAUGCAGCAGCUCCACAUGCAACUGGAGAUUCAGCGCAAGGAGAUCAGCAGCCAGCAACAGUUCCUAGAAACCAGGGAGAGCAUGCUCCAGGUGAUGGAGGAGAAGGACAGGGCAAUAGCACUUCUUAAUGAACAGAACACUAAGCUCCAACACAUGGAGAAAACGUCUGGCAACAAGGGAAUUGAUAAGCGGGAUGCGCUGAUCAAUGACCUGGAGUCGCAGGUGGAGUGCCUGCGCAGCGAGCAGGAACGUCUCAAGCGCAAGAGCGAGGAGGAGCUGGAGCAGCUAAACGCAGUCAUCGACAAACUCCAGCAGGAGCUGGUCCACAUGGAGCGCAAAGAGGAUGACGAGGCCCACGCGGGUAAGGAGUACGAUUACGACGAGCUGAAGCAGAAGAUGGACCUCGUCUCCGGAGAGUUCCGUGACCUCAAAGCGGAGCACGGCGAGCUGUUGGAGACGCACCGGCGCUUGAAGGAGAGCACUGAGAAAUCGGAGGACCUCACGGAGACCCUGAGGCAGAAAACCGCCAACCUCGUGGUAGCGCAGGCCCAAGUGCGAGCUCUGGAGAAGAGCGCCACAUCCAGCGUGGACGAGCUCCGUCUCCGUGUCCACGAGCUGGAGGACACAGCCGGCAAGAAAGAUGCCGAGCUGAGCAGCUGUCGAAAGUACGCCGAAGAGCUUCAGGGGAAAGUGUCCUCCCUGGAGGAGCAUUUAAGGGAGAAGAUUGCCGCGGCGUUAGUCAGCCAAGCCACCCUGGACGCUCUUCAGCAGCAGCAGGCUUCCAAAGACCGUCAGGGCGACAAGGUGGGCCACCUGCACCAGAAGCUUGAGGAGCUUGAGGCCAGUUUAAGUGGCAUCCAGAAGAACCACGAGCUUCGGGAGCAGCUGCUCUCCAGAUCGAAGGAGGCUGAGUACGAGAAGAGGCUGGCGGCGCUCCUGGAUCUCCUGAGACAGAUGACGGGCGGAAAGCAUCCUAGAACGUCUGCAGCUGUGGAGCAGGCCUCAGCUGGUAACCAAGCGCUCUCGUCGGAACUUCAACAGGCCGGAGAUGAAGCCUCGGCUGCCAAAAAACAGCUGGACCACCAUAUGGAGCUAUGCCAGCAGCUCCAGGAGGAACUCAAAGACAAAACGGAAACAAUCGAAAAACUUAAGGAGCAGCUUGAGGGGGUAUCUUCUGGAGGAGACAAGGAGACGCAGGCACUGCGAGAAGAGCUGACGAGGACCCAGAAGGAGGCAGCGCUCGCCAAAGAGGAGCUGAACAGCUGCAAGGAGAAGCUGGAGAAGCUGCAGGAGCUUCUGCAGGAGCGGGAACUGACCAUCGCUCAACUUAAAGAAGACCUUUUACAAGUGAAAGCCGAAGAGGACAAAGCAGACAGGACAAACCUUCUCAUGGAGCUCCAAGAGGUCCGAAGACAUGCCGACUCCACCAAAGACGAACUCGACAGCUACAAAUCUCACAAUGAGAAACUCCAGGAGGACAUUCAAGUGCGUGAGGUCUCUAUUUCUAAACUCAAGGAGGAGCUCCAGGAGUUGCAAAAAAACAUGGAUGCCGCCAAAGAAGAAGUUUGCAGCUACAAAUCCAACAAUGAGAAACUCCAAGGGGAUGUCCAGCUCCGUGAGGGCUCCAUUUUGAAGCUGAAAGAGGAGCUCCAGGAUCCCCUGAAGAACGUGGACACCACCAAAGAAAUAGAUAGUUACAAAUCCCUCAAUGAGAAGCUCCAGGAUGACGCUCAAGUGCGUGAAGAGUCUAUUAGUCGACUAGAAGAAGAGCUCCAAGAGUUCCAAAAGAACAUUGAUACCACCAAAGAAGAACUCAACAGUUACAAAUCCCACAAUGAGAAGCUCCAGGAGGAGAUCCAGCUCCGUGAGGUCACCAUUUCAAAGCUCAAAGAGGAACUCCAGGAUGUCCAGAAGAAUGUGGACUCCACCAACAAAGACGUGAGCAGCUACAAAUCCAACAAUGAGAAGCUUCAGGAGGACAUUAAGGAGUGCGAAGUCUCCAUUUCAAAUCUCAAAGAACAACUCGAGGAGGUUCAAAAGAAUUUGGACUCCACCAAAGAAGAACUGAACAGUUACAAAUCCCACAAUGAGAAGCUUAGGGAGGACGUUCAAGUGCGUGAGGUCUCUAUUUCUAAACUAGAAGUGGAGCUCCAAGAGGUCCAAAAGAACAUGGACUCCACUCAAGAGCUGACAAGUUACAAAUCCCACAAUGAAAAGCUUCAGGAAGACAUUCAAGUGCGUGAGGUCUCCAUUUUUAAACUCAAUGAAGACCUCCAGGAGGUCCAAAAGAACUUGGAUUCCACCAAAGAAGAACUCAACAGUUACAAAUCCCACAAUGACAAGCUACAAGAAGACAUUCAGCUGCGGGACGUCAACAUUUUAAAGCUGAAAGAGGAACUCCAAGAGGUCCAAAUGAACGCGGACUCUACACACGAACUGAGAAACUCCAAAUCCCACAAUGAGGAGAUCCAGCUCCGCGAGGUCUACAUUUUGCAGCUGAAAGAGGAGCUCCAGGAGGUGAAGAAGAUUGCCGACACCACCAAAGAAGAUCUGAGUUGUUCCAAAUCCCUCAAUGAGAAGCUCCAGGAGGAAAUCAAGCUCCACGAGGUCUCCAUUUCCAAGUUGAAAAAUGAACUCCGGGACACUAAAGCGGCCCUAACAAAGGCUGCUUCGACCUCUCCUUCCCCUGCUGCGUCCCCUCAGCCUUUCUCCUCCACUUCUUCCACCUCCCAGCCCAAGAAGAAAGCGAGCAGCAAGCAGCCCCUCACCAGGGGGAGCAAAGACAAGGCGUCUCUUUCCAGGAAAAGCUCCGCGCCCUCCAGAAGUCCCGAGCCGUCGGCGGCGGACGCUUCCACGCAGACGGCCGCCAACGAGGAGCUGGAGGAGGUGAUGGGAGAGUUCCGGGAGAAGGUGGUCCAAAUGCAGGAGCUGCACGCGGCCGAAAUCCUGGACAUGGAGGCGCGGCACAUCUCGGAAAGCGACGCGCUGCGACGCGAUGCGCACAGCCUGGAGGACGAGUGCAAGGCGCUCAAGACCGUCAUCGACAAGCUGCGCGUUGCCGAGGUCCCCUCAUCGAGACAAGAUGUGCUGCUGUCACAAUUCAAAGAUGGCUACACAAGUGACAGCAGCUCCGACUACAGCCAGAGGACCGGGUAUGACCUUCCGAGUGGACUUCAGCAGGAGUUUCGGGUGACUCCUGAAGGUGCCAGAAGAGAGGCAGACGAUCCAGUGUUGCCUGAUAAGAUCAAGUCGUUGCUGCGCGAGGUGCACAAGGAGGGCAUGGAGGUUCUCUCGCUGUCAGAGCUUCCCGUUUCUGAAAGCGAACCCGGCGGCCAAUUGAACCUGCAGAUCUGGCUUAAGGAGAGAGAUGCCCUGAUGGCUACCAUGGAGUCCCUUAAAGGCCUCAUCGCUCACAUGCAGACCACACAGAUGUCGGGCGACUCGGCGGAUUGGCGCGCUGAGCUCUUGGAAGCGGUGCGCCAGGUGUUUCUAAGAGAGCGUAGUGUGCUCAAGAAUGCCCUCUACAGCCACUUUGACCUGGUGGACACAAGUGACGCUGUCAUCCACCUCAACCAGUUGGAGAGCAGACUGGCCGAGCAGGAUGCUCAGCACAGAGAAGCAAUGGGCUCCCUCCACGCCGCUGACCGGUCCAGUCUCAUCGCUGAGAUCCAUCAGCUCCGAAGUCGGAUGGCGCGCCCGCAUCAAGGUGCUCCACCUGCUACGCUUUUGGGUGCGACAGAGCAUCGUGGGGGAGGCGACGCCGACGGAGCACCGCGGGUCGACAGGCUGCUGAUGGAGGAGCUGAAGGGAGAACUAUCGCAGACCAAGCUAGAGCUGGAGACCACGCUCAUUUCUCAGCACAAGCACCUUAAAGAACUGGAUGCGCUCAGGGCCGAGGUAUCGAAGAAAGUCUCUGAAGCGGACGUGCUGAAUGAACAGCUGUUGGAGGAAAGCCGGAAAGGCCAUGAGCUUCAGUGGGCCGUGGAGAAGGAGCGGUGUCGCGCCGAGAGGAACCAGGAGAACGCUCGAGAACAACUGGAGGACUUGAACCUGGCUUUGGAGGAGCAAAAGAGACAAGCGGAGCAGUUGACGUCCAACUUGGAGCAGGAGCGCCAGGGCUCCUCCAGCUUCUGCCAGCAGGCUGAGCGGGAGAAGCUGAGCUUGCACAGGCGCCUCCAGGAGCUCCAAGUGCAGCUGGAGACGGAGCGAGCCAAGGCGCGCGAGAUGAGCGCCGUGCUGGGAACAAAGAGGGAGCUACGGGGAAGUGGAGCCCCAGUCAGCCAGGACGAGAACCUUCUGGAAGGACUGCAGUUGGAUGACAAGCAGGCACAGUUGGUGCAACUCCUCAGCCAAAUGGAGGCUGAGAAGCUGGAAGUGUUGAGAAAGGACGAGGAGCUGGCUCUGGCGGGCCUUAAGUCCAAGCAGAGCAACGAAGCUCUGCUGGAUGCCCUGGCACAGCUGGACAACCUGAAAGCACGGCUGUCGGAGACGCGGGACCUGCUUGCGAGAGAGGAGGCGAGGAGGAGGAGCCUGGAGGAGGACAAGGAGCGACUGGAGGAGAGGUUGGCUCGGGAGGGUGGCGCCGGGCAGGGCACGCCGCCCGGGCCGCACCACCAACACCACCAGGGCCCGUGGCGCACGACAGACACCGUCUUGGGUAAACUGCACCUCGUCGCCUCCAAGGUCCGCAGCAUGGCGAGCGAGCCCGCUGCUGAGAUCACCGGAGAAGACCUGUUGGUGCUCCAGUCCAGUGUUGAUGAUGUCAUCAACAUGCUGCAGCAAUCGCCAGUUCUCCCAUCUAUCCCUGAAAACUCCGCCCAGUUGGCGGGAGGGUCCUCCUCCCUGACAGAGCGUCUGCUUCGGCAGAAUGCCGAGUUGACUGGCUUCGUGGGCCGGCUGACGGAGGAGAAGAAUGACCUGAGGAACCACUUGCUGCGUCUGGAAGAAGAACUCCGCUGCUACCGGCACACAGGCGACGACUCCAGCGGGAGGAGAGGCGCGUCUGGGUCAGGUUCUGCCGACAUGCUGCUGCUCUCUCAGGAGAAGGAGACGUGGCGUCGGGAGAAGGUCCGCUUAGAGAAAGCCCUACAUCAAGCCCUCACUCAGGUGGCCCGGCUCCGAGGGGAGAUCAGGACCCAGACGCUGAGGGAGAUAACCGGACCCGAGGCAGACAACACUGCGCUCAAGAGGAUGUACGGCAGGUACCUGCGCUCGGAGAGCUUCCGGAAGGCUCUCAUCUACCAGAAGAAGUACUUGCUGCUGCUGCUGGGCAGCUUCCAGGAGUGCGAGGAAGCCACGCUCGCUCUGCUCUACAGGAUGGGCGGUCGGCCCUCGGACGGGCUCGCCGGCGGCUUCCGAGGGCAGCGCAGCCGAGGGCUCAUGCGCUUCCGCUCGGCCGUGCGCGUCUCCAUCGCCCUCUCCAGAAUGCGUUUCCUGGUCAAGCGCUGGCAGAAAACGACAGGCAUGAGCAACACGACUUCCUUCGGCGUCCAGAAAAGUGAAGCCACGCAAAUGAUUGGCACUGAUUACCUCCACCCGGGCAUGGACGUGUACCGGGACCGAGGAGGGGGCUCAAGCAGAGGACGCAGCGGGCGGGAAUCACCCAGGUCACCCAUCUGCUCCGCACAGCACAGGUUUCAUGCGGCCGGAGACCCCGGGAUGCUCACGUGCGCCCACCUGCAGAGCUACGACCCCGAUCGAGCCCUCACCGAUUACAUCUCGAGACUGGAGGCCCUGCAGAGGAGGCUGGGGAGCGUCACGUCAGGUGCAUCGUCAUCACUCGCUCCAUUACAUUUCGGCUUGAGAAGAUAAGACGCCGAAAAAAACAAGUUGCCUUUACCGAUGCGAACUGUUCUCUUUCCACAUGGACCAAAACACUAUUUUCAAAAUCGGCGUGCGACAGGUUUGCGUCUCGUUUUUUUGUCGCCGUGCCACUUGAAUGAUAUGUAAUUUAAGUCAACGACAAAUGGUGUACAUUUUGUUUGUGGAUAAUUUAAAAAGAUUUUUGAGAUUAAUUUAUGUUUGCGUGGGUGUUGGUUGCGAGGAAGGGGCUUAACUGGAUUCUUCUAUACACGUUUUCUGUCAAGGCCUGAAGACAUUUGUCGAGAGCGUAUUUUUAUAGAGGCUUUUCUGGCUAUUUUGUCAAAAACUGAAAUAAAGGAAAAGAUUUGAGUGUG